AUGGAUGAUCAGCUCAUACCAACAUCACCAACAUUGGUUGAACAAGCUGAAAACGUUGAUCACACUCCGGAGCCUGGAGACGUAACUUCCUAUUCUCUGCAAUCGACAAUCCCGUUAGCAACCAUUCUAGUUGCUAUUAUUCUCAUCACCCUACUCGGGAAUGCUUUGAUAUUUUACGCAUUGCUUAAAUACAAGCGUCUACGCACUCCGUCCAACCUAAUCAUCACAAGUUUAGCCAUCUCCGAUUUUGUAACUGGGCUUAUCGUGAUGCCGAUUCGUGCCGUGUAUCACUUGUCUGGGCAGUGGUAUUUGGGUGAAACAUUGUGUAAUCUUUGGAUCUCGGUGGAUCUACUCUGCGCUAUAGCAUCCAUGUUGAACUUAGUGCUGAUAACAAUCGACCGUUUUCUUGCAAUAAAGUCACCGUUCCAAUAUAAAUUCUGGAUGUCGAAACCAAGGGUCUGUUGCGCGAUAGUGACCCUGUGGACGUUUGCCCUUGUUUUCUCGUUCACCACUGUCUUUGCUGGCUGGAACACGACAAAUGACCUCAAUGAUAAUUUCAUCCAAACAGAAAACGGCGCGCUCUGCAUACUACAAUGGAGCACCUCCGCCGUUAUGUGUUACGCAUUACUUUCAUUCGGGUUGCCUCACUUCCUGAUGAUUUGCAUACUUUUCCAGAUUUACAAGGCAACCAGGUUACGGAAACUUCGUGUUCACAUUGCAAUGGAAAAUCAAACUGACAGCUCAGCCACAGCACAACGCGAGAGUAACGAAAAUACGCUGGGUGCAUCAAAGGAUUCCAUUGAAGCGCGCGCGUGCAAAAAACUUGGAAUAAUUAUGGGAGUAUUUAUAGUAUGUUGGACACCAUACUUCACAGUUCAAUGUAUAAAGGUGUUUUGUCAGUUUUGCAUCAAUCCAAUCUUUUUCAAGAUAUCGUGUUGGCUCGCCACAUGCGACGCGGCUAUCAUACCAGCCUUGUAUAUACGGCUUAACGCCGGAUUCCGUCGGGUCUUUGUCAAUUUUCUCGCUCGUUAUUUUUUCUGCAUGGAUGACAUAGCUGUUUUUGACGAAAGCUCAAACUCCGUCACAAAUACUAAUAUAACAAUUCCGUCCUUUCGAUCGACUGUCAGUGAAACUUGUGUUCUACCACCGCCACAAUCCCCAUCGACCUUCGCACAACGUGAGGAACAGUUGCCUCCUAUAAACUGA